ACCCCUCAGCGAGUUGCAGAUCUGCAUCAAGUCGGCCAUGCCCCAUGACUCCAGUAACAUACGCAAAACUUAAUAACCCAACUGACGCAGCGAAAUUUAGACUUGAACAAUGUGUGGCGUCGGAAAGUAAUAAUACUGAGCCAAAGUGGUUCUUCCCAAAGCCUUCGACCCAUUCUCCCAACAGUUGCAAAUCUGGUCAAGGCCGAGAUUUUUACAACACUCUGAUUAAGGACCUGAAGAGCAACAACUCGACCAACGCAUCCCUUGUUUGUAAGCCGCUCAUGAACACAUGCGACCUCAACACGCCGAUCGCCAGCACCAUGGGCAACAUGAAAAUAAUCGAAGUCGCUGCGAACGGCCACUUUGUGCGGCUCUUAAAUAUCUCGCUCAACAUGGAGGAAGAUAUUGGGAACUACAUCUUGCAGCAGAACAUCGGUGGGCACCCAGUGACGGUGUACCGCUUCCCACCCAGGACCCGGGUGAACGCAGGCUCCACUAUAACGGUUUGGUCAGCUGGAGCAAGGGUCCCGCACAGUCCCCCGAACGACUUCUUGUUGAAGGACAGUAAUAAAUUUGGAACUGGUCCAGAGUGUACAACAAUCUUGUGUAAGCCCAAUGGACAGGCCGUAGCAUGGUUCACUCCAGCUCCCGGAAACUCAAAGCUAAAGGACCCAUGUAAAGAUGGAGAACAGUUCACAGACUAUGAACAUUCACUCCCGAACAAUAACACUCAACUUAAUUUUCAACCUGACAAGGGAAAGGAAGAGUCUUUUGCAAACAUGUACCAAUUCUCGCCUGUGGCCUUACCAGUGAAUCAGAAACCCAGCUUCUACAAUGUUCCAGCCCGGUGUCCCUGGGGUCAGAGUCCAGGUUCUCCAACCCACCCAGAUUUCAACUUGCCAAGGACUCUGUCUGCUGGGAACGAUGGGAGCAGUCAGUGCAGGGACUCCCGUUCACAGUUUUCUCGGCCUGACCCUAUCCCAGACCAGCCAUACUCCAGACUGAGAAUGCCACAGCAGUGCAGGAAAAACUCUCUCAGCAAAAACGAGAAAAAAUCAUCAACGUGUUCUGGAGCACCUUAUCAUCGAGGUGUGCUCUGCAUGAAUCCAUCUCCAUCUGCCUCACCUUUGCAACUGUUUUAUGCCAAGGCUUCUAGCAAUAUCGUCGUCCCCAAACAGGGCCCGCUGGGUCCCACAGCCCUCUCUAACCUUUAAAAUGAAUUUCAGCAAUAUCGCUUUCUUGAAAUUAACACCCUCUGUCAAUCUGUGCAUUUGAAACUUGAAGAAUAGCUUGAAACCAAACAAGGAGUGUGAAAUGUAUUUUUUUUAAUGUGACAAAUUGGUGUUUGAAAUCUGAGUGUAAAGGAUCUGGAUAGGUCCUCCUGUUAAUACUGGAGUGUGUAGUGUUUAAAUGAUAAUUACAGUUUGCAGAAGGAACUGAACAGGAAACACCCCUCAGUAAUGACCCGAUUUGGAACUGGAAGGACGUGCCUGAGUCUAUGGCUGGUUUAUCAGCGAGUGAGGUACCCAAUAGCAACACAGUUCAGAGCCUAGACAUUCAGGAGUUCCUGUUGCUGGGUUGUUACUUGUGGAAUUGUGGGAUACCUUUGCCCUGUGGGCACUGGUGAGGUCACCGUUGGAUCAGUGCCCACACUACAUCUCACUUCAUUUCCACUGUUUUUAAAUGAUAGCAUCAGGAAGAGGCGGAGGGAAAUUAAUAAUGGCCAACAAUAGGGGAGGGAGUUGGUAGCCUAGAUCGGGAAUUGACAG